UUAUACGUCACAACGCACAAAUCCGUUUGAUGGAAACACCACUUCUGUGAAAACGCUCAUAUUUUCUUAAUGCGGAUUUUACAAUAGUGGCAUGAAGCCUGCCCCAGAUAAUAAAAUAAACACGUUCACCAUGUGAAUGGAUAAUCAUAGCGUCACGUGACCGUGUUUUAGUCAUGGCGGACGACUGCAGAAGACAGGCGUUCGAACUGGAGAGAAGGAUUUUUGAGUUGGACAAUAAGUGCGCCAGCCUCAGAACCGAGAAACAAGAUGAUGACUAUUUACAGAAUGCUUCUUCGAUACUAGACAAGUUGAAAAGCUUUUACAGACAAGGCGGGGAGAGUAACAGUCUGCCUAAACUGCUUCAGGAUUACACUCAGGUGAUCCUGGACAUCACGUUCUAUGAGGAAAACAAGCUGGUGGACCAGGAGUUCCCGGAGGACUGCUCACCCUUUAAGAUCCAACAGCUGCUGCAGGACCUCACAGAGCCAGAGGUGCUGGCCGGGAGACUGGUCCCGGCCCAAGAGGUGCAGUCAGUGCUGGGGCUAGAGGUGUUAGAGUGCCUCUACUGGAGACGUGGAGCACUGCUUUACAUGUACUGCCACACACUCCACCAACGCAAGCAGUGGAUCAAGAAGAACAAAGCCACUUUCCUCAAGUGUCUUCAGGAGGGCGUACGUUACCUGAUGAGGAUGCUGCAGGUGAGGAACUCUGUGAAGCUCAACGAUGGGGUGGUGUUUCACGACUCUGCUACUGCCAACUUCCUGGCUGAAGGCAUCUUCUCAGACACCCACCUGCUGACGAUGAUGUACAUUGGGGAGAUGUGUUUCUGGGCAGUGAAGUACGAGGACUGCAGCGUGGAUUCCACGGAACGCAAAGAGGACCGGCUUCACUUCCGGGACAUUGGGACGCAGAUCCUGCACAAAUACGUGCUUGUCUGUGACGGCCCUCUUCAGGGCCAGGGCUGGAACACAGAGAAUGCCAAGGAAAUCCUAAGUAUCUUACAGUGAACCAGGGAGGGCUAUGGGUACAAGUUUCCCUUAGGCACUGAUCUAGGAUCAGAUUAUCAAACCCCAAAUUGUAAUGCUAAGCAUUAAGGGAGGAGGAAUCUGAUGGAUCAGUUUCUAGGGUCAACUUCUUUCCAUUCUGGAAGGCUCUGGCUGACUGGGGGUGAAGUUUGGGGCAAGGGUAGGUGAAGAAUUAAGGGCUAGGGUAGGGAGGGAUGUUAAUGAAAUGUGAGUCUCCCCGUCUCCUGCAAGAAGCACUUAUCUUCCAGAUUUCAGACUGUUGGUUGGGCAUGUGUUUUUGCUCUGAGAAUGUGGUAGAAUAAUAAUUAUAUUAAAAUAAGAUUAUUAACAAAAGAAAUUGUAAAAAAAGAAGUAUUGUUUGAAGAUGAAUCAUAAUCUAGCUUGUAAUGAAACAUUGCACAGCAACUGUUUUUAUUUAUUGUUUUAAUUAUUAUUUUGUUAUGUUUUAAAUUAAUUGCAUUUAUAUAUAAAUAUAUAUGGGGGGAAAAAGGUAAGAUGGGGAAUACACAGAGUUGGUGACUGAAGUAUUCAUGACCAUUUUUGAGUAUGUACAGUUUUCUUUUUUGAAACAUCAGCUUUGUAAUAUGCCACCUUCUUUCUCACUUAUACAUUUUUUUAUUAUUAUUAAAAACAAAUUGACCUCACUUGGACAAGUAGUAAUGUCCCAGUGACAGGAACUUUGGUAUUUUGAUAGUAUGCAUUUAAAUGCAGAUUCUGUGUUCUUUUUGGAAGAAUAAAACAUUUCAUUUA